UUAAAAAACAAGAAAAGAAAAAGGAGUUGAAGCGAAACCCCAAAGCAGGCAAUAACUGAGACGAAGGAAAGAAGAAGGGGAGGAGAUGGAGAUGGAGAUCAUUCCUCUCAUCAUUUUGCUCUUCGCAAUUCCAUUCUCGCUCUCUGCUGCUGAAUUGGUUGAGUUGGACGGAGGCCCCGAUGACGUCGUGUGGGUGGUGCAGCUCUCCGAUCUCCACUUCAGCGUGCACCACCCCGACCGGGCGGAGGACGCCACGGAUAUUUUGGGGCCAACACUCUCCUUCGUCAACCCUUUGCUGGUCUUCAUUACUGGCGACCUCACUGAUGGUAAAAGCAAGGACAUGGUGGUAAUGAAACAGGAUGAGAAAGAAUGGAUUGAAUAUGAGAAAGUUAUGAAUCAAGUUGUCGAGAGGAGUGGAAUUGACAAGAGUGCCUUUUAUGACCUGAGGGGAAAUCAUGAUAACUUUGGUGUUCCUAUGAUUGGUGGCUCGUCUGAUUAUUUCUCAAAAUACAGCAUCAAUGGACAGCUUCAAAGACGUGGAAAGGUUAAUAGCAUCACCAUUCAGACUAGCAAAAGAAAACUUCUUUUUGUUGGGUUUGACAGCACAAUGUCUACUGGUUUACGGGGCCCAACGAACUUGUUUGGACAUCCGACUGAUGAGUUAUUAGCAGAAAUAGAUUCCGAACUCUCGCAAUGGGAUUCUCAACCAGCUCAAUCAGUAACUAAGAUAUCCUUUGGGCAUUUCCCUCUUUCAUUUUCUGCUGCAUCAACAUCUGGAAAGACAUUGAAGGAUGUAUUCAUUGCACGCGCCUUAGAUGCUUACUUAUGUGGACAUUUGCACCUCAAAUUUGGUAAGAAUCUGAAGCAGCACCAUCGCUGCAGCCAGCCUGGUCGGUGUUCCAAACAGUUAUUCCAGUUGAAUGGUCACCGGAGUAUUGUAGAGAAUACAUCUAGUUGCUCUGAUGUUUCAUCGAAGGCUAAUGAAUUUUGGGAAUGGGAAAUGGGAGACUGGAGGAGUAACAGAGCUAUGCGAAUUUUGGCAAUCGAUCGGGGUCAUAUUUCAUUCGUUGAUGUUGAUUUUAAGAUGGGAGCCAAGAAAGCUAUUAUAUUGCCUACAUUUCCUCUGGAUUCACGCUUUACUUCAGCAUCAUCGCCAAACUAUAAAUGUGAUACAUCUGACCCUUCUUCUUAUGGGGAGAUUAGAGCUAUGGUGUUCUCUGCUUCUCCUAUUCUCUCGGUUUUGGCUAAGAUAUAUGACUCUAAACCUGGAAAGCUUGUUCUUGUAUUGGAGACACCGAUGACAAAGCUUGAAAGUUCUCGCGGCGAUCUCUAUGUUGCCCCAUGGAAUGCCCAAGCUUUUGAGGAUCCAUCUCCUGAGAGGUUCCGGCUUCAAAUAGAAGCAACUGAUGUCAUGGGGAGAUCGACUGCCUCUGAACUAAGGCCUUUCUCAAUAACUGGUCUCCCUGCGAAGUUCUCAUGGAGUUGGAAAGAGUUUUUUGUGAUGGGUUGUCAGUGGGAUGCCUUGUACAACCCAAUACUCUGGCUUUUCUAUUUUCUAGUCCUUUCGAUGCUUCUAAUUCCAAAAAUAUUCCUUUCUUUUUCAAGGAGACAGUACACAUACAGAAGCUUUAAAGCCAACAAAUGCUUCACUAAUUGCCUUACAUGGAUCUUUGUUGAACUAUAUAAUCUUCCCGAAGUAUGGCCAUGCUUGAUAGUUUACUUGUUUUACCUUCUUUUAUGCCCUUGGUUUUAUGGCCAAGUCCUUACAGAAGAUAUGGACAGAGCAUACAUGACUUACAGGGGGUGGGUGAUGGGGUCUAAUGAUUUGGGGAGGCUAGAAUUUCUCGGGUUUCCGGAUGUAAUGGUGGUGGUUCUUAUGCAUCUAUAUCUUGUAGUUUUUCCAACGAUAUUGACAAUUAUUGCAUUGGCUGCUGAAAGUGGGGUAUAUCAAGAUUACCUUCUCUCUAUAUCGAGUAAGAAAAAGGAUGAUUAUGAUGGUGGAAGCAAGAAUUUUCAAUCACCCAAGACCCGCGCCACUAGGGAACCAGAAAUUAUUCUCCGAUGGCGCUGGUUUAGGAAAUUUCUACUUUUUGUUACUUUGGCAAUCUUUUGGAGACAUUUUAAGAGCUGCAGAGCUCUCUCUAAAGCAUACGAGAUGAAUCCGGUCAUCCAUUUCCCACUUUACUGCUUCACAGUUCCUCUGUUGCUGGGCUAUACUGUCUGGAAAACUUGGAGAAACUUCAAUGGCACUUAUAAAAAAUACUCAAGAGUGGUCAUCUAUUGGCAUUUACUGGGCAGAUAUACAAAGGUUAGUGCAUCAGUUGGUACAGGAAUACUUAAGCCUUUGAUUUCAUUAGUUCUUGGUAUGAAUAGGAUGUGUGUGAGAAACUUCUGUAGUUGAUUGCUUAUGAAUGAGCAUUAUACAAGUGGGGGAAAACAGAUUUCGAGUGUUAUAUUUGAAUGUAGUUUGGAAGUGUUGUGUUUGAAUGUAGUUUGGAAGUGCUUUGAUUGAGUUAAUAUAAGUUGUAGGAAUUUAUAUUUGUGUUCAAGGGCUUUAUUUGUUUUAACACAAUAGGCUAUGAAUUUCAAUAUAAGCAUUAUUUAUAUUUAUAUAUAUACUAA